UCUCUCUCUCUCUGUCUCUCUCUUCUUGGUCCUCUGCACGGCCCCGAGCUGCCUAAAUUUCUAAUUAGUGUGUAACAUAUUCCGUCAUUGAACUUGCUUACAUAGUAGUAAGCUGCGUCACCUCAACGCGCUCGGCAAGCGUCCUCAGACGCGCCUUCCUUCUUCCUGCAGGUGCCGUCAUAAGGGGGGCUUCGAGCUGCAUAUUGGUGGGGUCUGGCCCGAGCCCGACCCCCAGAUCCCAAGCUCCCAUGAGCUCCUCACGCAUCCUCGUCCGAGCAAGGUUUUCAGCUUCGUCUCGGUUUUUUUACCCCGUGCAUCGAAAGAGCUGGCUCCCUCGAUCAGCCACUGUUCUUCAGGACAAGAAUAGCUUCAGGCAUUUCUCCUCACUGCCUCUGAGACCUCCUCCAAGGACUCGCAGAUUGCCACUUGGCCCCGCUGCUGCGGCUAUCCGCAGCCCCGCAUCCACUGAGCCCCUCCGUUACUGCUCUCACGCAUCGUUCAGACACAAGUUUGCCAGUAUGACGGACAGAGAUAUUCUCCCAGACACUUUCAAGCCGGUCCAUUACGAUCUCUUGAUUACGGACCUCAACUUCAACAAUUGGUCAUACAAGGGCAGCGUCAGGAUCGAUGGCGAGCUCACCAAGCCCACAACCGAGAUUGUCUUGAACACCCUGGAGCUCAAGCUGCUCAGGUCCAAGAUUGUCGUCAGCCAGGGCAAGAGUGACGAAACAUGGGAGGCGACCGCAUUCGCCGAGGACACCAAGAGCCAGCGCUCCACCAUCACCUUCCCACAUGAGCUUCCUGUGUCCGCCAAGGCCUCGUUGAGCAUCGACUUCAUCGGCGAGCUCAACCAUGACAUGGCCGGCUUCCACCGCAGCCAGUACAAACCGGCUGCCCCGGCCGCCGCCAGCGUGCACCGUGACGACGAGUUCCACUACAUGCUGAGCACCCAGUUCGAGGCCUGCGAUGCCCGCCGUGCCUUCCCCUGCUUCGACGAGCCGAACCUCAAGGCAACCUUUGACUUCUCCAUCGAAAUCCCCGAAGAUCAAGUCGCUCUCUCAAACAUGCCCGUGAAGGAGUCGACGCCCGUUGGCGAGGGCAAGAAACUCGUCUCGUUCGAGCGGACCCCGGUCAUGAGCACGUACCUCUUGGCUUGGGCCGUCGGAGACUUCGAGUACGUCGAGGCCUUCACCGACCGCGAGUAUAACGGCAAGAAGCUUCCCGUCCGUGUUUACACCACCCGCGGGCUCAAGGAGCAAGGUCGGUACGCGCUGGAGCACGCGCCCAAGAUCAUCGACUACUUCUCGGAGCAAUUCGAGAUGGACUACCCUCUCCCCAAGAGCGACAUCCUCGCCGUGCACGAGAUCACGCACAACGCCAUGGAGAACUGGGGUCUGGUCACGUACCGGAUGACGGCCAUCCUGUUUGACGAGCAGCUGUCCGAAGCCAAGUUCCGCAACAAGAUCGCCUACGUAGUCGCCCACGAACUGGCUCACCAGUGGUUCGGCAACCUGGUCACCAUGGACUGGUGGGACGAGCUCUGGCUGAACGAGGGCUUUGCCACCUGGGCCGGCUGGCUGGCCGUCGAUUACCUGCACCCCGACUGGGAGGUCUGGCCGCAGUUCAUCAACGAGGGCAUGGACCAGGCCUUUUCCCUCGAUAGCGUCCGCUCGUCCCACCCCAUCCACGUCGAGGUCCGUGAUGCGCUCGAUGUCAACCAGAUCUUUGACAGGAUCAGCUAUCUCAAGGGCUGCUCCAUCAUCCGCAUGCUGGCGUCCAACCUCGGCAUCCAGACUUUCCUCAAGGGCAUCGCCAUCUACCUGAAGAGGCACGCCUACGGCAAUGCCAAGACCGAGGCCCUUUGGGACGCGCUCAGCGAGGCGUCCGGGGUGGACGUCAACAGCAUGAUGAAGCCAUGGAUUGAAAAGGUCGGCUUCCCCGUCCUGACGGUCACCGAGGGCAAGCAGCAGAUCUCGGUCAAGCAGUCCCGCUUCCUCUCCACCGGCGACGUCAAGCCCGAGGAUGACCAGACCAUCUGGUGGGUACCGCUUGCCGUCAAAGGCAAGGUCGGCUCCCAGGGCAUCGAGCCGCUAGCCCUCACGAGCAAGGAGCUCACAAUCGACGGCGUGUGCGACGAGUUUUACCAGCUCAACGCCAACGCGACCGGCUUUUACCGGGUCAACUACCCCGAGUCCCGCCUGAGGCUUCUGGGCACCCAGCUGGACCAUUUGACCACCGAGGACAAAAUCUUCAUCACAGGCUCAGCCGCCGACCUCGCCUUCUCCGGUUACGCCACUACCGGUGCGCUGCUAUCCUUCAUCCAGGGCCUCAAGAGCGAGACCCACUAUCGUGUGCUGAGCCAAGCACUGGACUCUAUCGGCACGCUCAAGUCCAUGUUCGGGGACGAUGAGCAGAUCAACAAGGGACUGGAGAAGCUCACCCUCGAGCUGAUCGACAAGGCCUUGAAGCAGGUCGGCUGGGAGGGACCCACGAAUGAGGACUUCAACACCAGCCUGCUCCGCAAGCGGUUGCUCCUGGCUGCCGUCACGAACUCGCAUGAGGAAGUUACCGCCGCCGCCCUGGAGCGCUGGUCCGCCUAUGAAGCCGACUCCGCCAAGUCCCCCAUCGCCGCUGACCUCCGUGCUCCUGUCUACCGCGCCGCCAUCCUCAAGAACCCGGCCGCCGCCGUUCUGGGCCUCAAGAAUGAGUGGUUCACCACGCCCGCCAUCGAUGGUAAGGAAAUCUGCCUCCAGGCGCUCGGCCACACAGCCGACGAGUCCCUGGUCGAAAACGUCAUCCUGCCCUUCCUGUUCAACAGGUCCCCGCCCGCGGCGGCCGCCGACUCGGUUCCGACCGCCGACAUGCACAUCCUAGCCGGCGUCCUCGCGGGCAACCGCGUCGCCCGCCCGCUGCUGUGGGCGUACCUGCGCGACCACUGGGACCAGCUCGACGCCAAGCUGGGAGGAAACCCCAUCCUUGUCGACCGCAUGGUCAAGGUGAGCCUGCCCAAGUUCUCCGACCUCGAGACGCUCGCCGAGAUCGAGCGCUUCUUUGCCGGCGUCGACACCAAGGGCUUCGACCGUACACUUGAGCAGGUCAAGGACAAGAUCCGCGCGCGGGCGGCAUACAAGGCCAGAGAUACCGAAGGCGUCAGGGGCUGGUUGGUCGCCAACGGGUAUGCCUAGGCUCAGAAAGUCCCGACGUAGGUACUAUUCUUUCUCGCGUCUUUUUCGGAUACCGUGUAUUACCAUCUGGGGUUGAAUGAGUAUUGGGAGAGGAAUGAAAUGCAAAUCGUAAAGCCGCCAUAAACAGAGCUGCUAGGUGGAAUAAAAAAGCCCUCUUGGCCUUGUGCGCAGCCAAUCUGUGCGUGACAUUCGGAUACGAGUAGCGUGGUGAGAACGUUCAAACGUAUGCUACCAGCGUUCAGGAGAUGAUCUGUAUCAGCCCCUGAUUGGGACGGGGCUCCUG